AUGAGCAGGAAUCUUACAAUCUACAGAUACGGCGGAAGGCAAAACCCCUUCGACGAUAGGGGCGACGGCGACGCAGGUGGCUACGGAGCACCGCAGCCACCACGACCUCCUCCAGGGCAGUUUGGCGGUGGCCCUCGACCGGGCGGUAACCGGGGACCGGCUAUGGGACGGGACGACUAUUCAUCAAGCCAAAACGUCGAGAUGGCGUCUCUGACCCAAAACGGAGCUGGCUUCAGCGGCCAGGGCGCUUCCAGCAACAGCGAUCCCAACUUUAUCCUUAACGAGUGUCGGUCCAUCGACGACGGAGUCGGCCAGAUCGAGGGCAACCUCAACCAGCUGCGCAUGCUCCAGGACAGGUCCCUUAACGAGGCCGACGCCGCAGGCUCCCAGACACAACGGCAGCUCGACUCACUCUCGUCCGAGACCAUGGCCAUGUACCGCGCGCUGACGGACCGGGUGCGCAAGGUUAAGUCGAGCCCCGAGGCCUCGCAGGCCCGCAACACGGCGCAGGUCAACCGCGUCGACCGCCGCCUCAAGGCCGCCAUCAACCAGUACCAGCAGAUCGAGUCGGGUUUCCGACAAAAAUCCCGGGACCAGCUGGAGCGGCAGUACCGUUACGUCCGGCCUGAUGCUGACGAGCGCGAGGUCCGCGACGCCGUCGAGGACGCGGCCAACGGCGGUGGGCAGAUCUUCCAGCAGGCCCUGAUGCAGAGCGACCGCAGGGGUCAGGCCCGCGCCGUUCUCAACGCCGUCCAGGACCGCCACGAGCAGAUGAAGAAGAUUGAGCAGCAGAUGAUCGAGCUCGCGCAGCUGUUCCAGGACAUGGACACUCUCAUCGUUCAGCAGGACGUGCAGGUUGCCCAGAUUGAGCAGAAGGGCGAGGAGAUCGUUGAGAACCUGGACAAGGGUAACGAGGAGAUUGUGGUCGCCGUCGAGACGGCCAAGAAAACGAGGAAGAAGAAGUGGAUAUGCCUGGGUAUUUGCAUCACUAUUGUGGUUGUCAUCGCGGCCAUUGUUGCAAUCUACUUUUUGAUCAUCAAUCCGCCUCGGGGUAACAACAACAACAACAACAAUAACGCAGCAGCACCCGCAGCCACUCCCGUUCCCACCGCCAAUGCCAACCCGAAACGAAGUCUAGGGAAUGGCCUCCCCGAAUCAGAGCACGUUGAAUUUGAUGGCGAUCGACCGAUAUUCAACAUAUACGCCCAGUCCAAGAUCGUGCUUACAGAAGACCAACUUGACUCUAAAACCGAGGAGGAAUCAUCGCCGCUGGCCCACUUUGCCGGCAAGUCGUCCGUCCAGAAGCGCUACGUGGUCACCGAGGAUGCCGGCCCCAGCCCAGACCCCACCGGCCCGCUUGGCCAGGGAAUGUCCAGCAUGCACAGCGAGGGCGGCAAAUUCAAGAGCAGCAGUCGAGCAUCCGAAGAAUCACCCAAGAGCAAGAGGCUCGCGCUGUCAGGGGGGAAAGCAUACGACAUUGACAGCGCCACGCUUGUGGUCCGGGCCACAAAGACCGAGUAA